AAUGUAGAAAAAAUUUCUAUUGCUUUAUUAGAUUCAAUAUUUAAAGAAAAAUUCUUUUUUCUAUGUCUUAUCUAUUUUAGAGGUUUUUUUAUUUGUAGAUAAUUUGAAGACAAUUAAAAAUAUUUCGAAAUUAAUAACUUAAUUUUUACUUGUUAAUUAAAAUUUAAACUUCUUGAAUUUUGUAGUUGAAAGUUAGAAAAUCUAAUAAGGGUGAGAACCAAGAUUUGAGAUAAAAUAUUGGUCACAGUUGAAUUUAAUGAAAAAUCAAUAUUUCGAAGAUAUAAAUUGGGCAGAGAUGAUGCGCGUAUGACCUUGCGCGUGAUGAAAAUUAUUCUAAAAAAAAAAUCUCAAUCACUUUUCUCUGUGUUUAAUUAGUAGUUGCUUGAUAAAAAAAAAUACAACUGAAGUUUGUACAACAAAACAAAAAUAUUUACAUGUGAAUGUGUUGUUUUUUUUUACCUGCAAUUUGUAACAUGGACAGGCAAAGCAACAAGACAUACUAAUUGAUCAUUUUAAAUAAAAUAAAAAAAAAUAAAAAUUAAGAUGAAAAUUAAUUCACUAAUUCCAUUGAGUUUAAUUUUAUUGAGUUUAAAAAUAAUUUUAACUGAAACAAAAGUACAACAACGUGCAACAAUUGAUUCACCAGAUGAUGAUGUUGAUGAAGAUUACAGUACUGGUUAUGAAGAAUCUGAAAUUGAUGAUGAUGGAAAAAUAUAUAAAAAUCCAAGAAAUUCACCAUCAGUAGAAUGUCCAAGAGAUGAAAUAAAAGCUGAAUCAUUUGGUCAACAUUGUCUUAGAAAAUGUUCAACAGAUGAAGAUUGUAAAAGUAAAAAAAAAAAAUGUCGUUGUGAUGGUUUAUGUGGAAUGUCAUGUAUUAAAUUAGAACGUGAAUGUCCAGUAUUAAAAGACAUUGAAUAUGGACAAAUGACUGUUAGUGGUAAGUUAUUUGGUGAUACAGCAAAUUACAUAUGUAAUACAGGAUAUAUACUUGUUGGUUAUCCUCAAAGAACAUGUCAAGCUGAUGGUUAUUGGUCUGGUUUUAUACCAUCAUGUAAAAAAGGAAUAAAUUCAUUUUGUAAUAAACCACCAAUAAUAUCAAAUGCACAACAUAAUUUUCCACUUGAACAAACAACAUUUGAUAUUGAUACUGUUGUACAAUAUACAUGUGAUGAAGGAUAUGAAACAACUGGUUUUUUAAAAGCUAAAUGUUUAUUAGUUGAUGGUAAAAUUAAUUGGUUUGGACCAGAUAUAACAUGUAAUCCAAAAAGUUGUGGUACUCCAAGUGAUAUACCAAAUGGUUGGCAUUCCGGAGGUUGUUUUACAUAUGACUGUCGAGUAUCAUAUUAUUGUGCUGAAGGACAUGAAUUAGUUGGAAGAGCUGAAAAAAUUUGUAGUGCUUUUGGUACUUGGACACCAAAAGAAUUACCACAAUGUGUACAAGUAACAGAAGUUCAAUGUCCUGUACCAGAAAAUCCACAAAAUGGAAAAGCAAUUUAUACAUCAUUUUCUUACAAUGCAAUUGUUUCAUAUGAAUGCAAAUAUGGUUUUAAUUUAAUUGGACAAUCAACAAGAAAAUGUCAAGCUAAUCGUGAAUGGUCAGAGCAUGCACCAGUUUGUAAAGAAAUUGAUUGUGGUCCUCCUGGAAUUUUAUACAAUGGAUGGAUUGAUGGUAUUGAAAGAGGAUCUGGUCUUGGUGCAAGUAUAAUAUUUCGUUGUAAAGAACACAUGAAACUUCAAGGUAAUUCAUCAUCAGUUUGUGAAGAAAAUGGUAAAUGGCGUUAUGGUUUACCAUCUUGUUUAGCACCAUGUAUAAUACCACAUAUUGAAAAAGGAACAAUAGCUGUUAUAACAAAUGAAAAAAAUUUAUUAAAAAAUAUAACAGUUGUUGAACAUGGUGAAAGACUUGAUGUUAAUUGUAUUGAAAAUUUUGAAUCAUCAGCAAAUGGUGUACCAAUUAUUUGUAAUAAUGGUACAUGGUCAAUAAUACCAAGUUGUACACCAGCAAGAUGUAAAAAAAUGCCAAAAUCACCAAGAAAUGGAAUGGUUAUUGCACCAAAAAUGAAUCAUGGAAUGCGUGCUGUAUUUAGAUGUAAAGAUGGUUUUACAUUAGUUGGUGGAGGUCCAACUAAUACAUCAACAUCACUUGUAUGUCAUUAUGGUCAAUGGAUUGGUGAUAUACCACAUUGUAUUGAAGUUUUUUGUGCAUUUCCUGGUUAUGUACAAAAUGGAAAAGUAUUAUUAGUUGGUAAUAUGGGAGUUUAUGAUUAUCGUCCAUAUGUUAAAAAAGUACCAAAUAAUAAACAAAUUAUGUAUGAUUGUGAUAAGGGUUAUAUAUUAAGUGAAGGACCACCUGGUGCAACUUGUAUUGGUGGUAAUUGGAGUCCAAAAGAAUUACCAUUAUGUUUACCUGGUCAACAUCCACGUUUAAGAUGGAGUAAAAGACGUCGAAGAAGUGUAACAAUUAAUAAUAACCAUUUUAAAUUUAAUAAUACAUUUAAUAUUAUUCAAAAUUAAAUUUUUAGCAUCAAGACUCAAGUUUGUAAAAGGCACAAUUACAAUUAAGUAUACUUAUUAUGUUGAAAAUAUACAGUCUAGAUAUAUAGCUUAAUGAAAAAUAAAAAAAAAAAACAU